GUCCGGUGACGUAGCGUGCGGCCGCCGGGAGAAGUUUUGAAAAUAAACGUGAAAGUUUUUUUUUUGUCUCUCUCAAACGUUUAAUGUCAGCGUCGUUUCUUUUGGUCCUUUUGCGGCUAAAUUCAGCGGAAUUCCUGCAAACUACGAGUUUGAAGUGAGAAGCCCGGCGCGCGGCACCUCUGACUCUUCGCUGCACCUUCAACCUGUCCCGACUGUUUUCUGCAGAGUCACUAAUCAGCAGCGAUGUCUUCCCCGGAGGAAGAGCCGUCGGCCUCCGUGUCGGCUGUCGUGUCGGCCGCCUUGUCGGCUGCUGUGUCGGCCGCCAUGGCAGUUGCCAUGUCCGUGGACGCGAAGGCGGAUCUCGCCACGCUGCUAGACGAAUGGGAGGAAGCCCAGCGGGGCACCACGGAGCAACUGGAGUCCAUCCUUACUAAAAUAUCUGAGCUAAUUGAACGAGAGACGGGAGAGUAUUACAAAGCAGACCCUGAUCCGUUCGAUGACCGUCAUCCAGGACGAGCAGACCCAGACUGCAUGCUGGGACAACUCCUGAAGAUGCUCUUUAUGAAUGAUGACUUCACUAACGCGCUGUUGGACACAUACAUAAUGACCAGCAGAGAGCUGAGCCUCAACACAGCGGCCUGUCGUCUGCUUCAGAACAUCAUGCCGGGCCUGGAGACCGCCGUCGUUUUCCAGGAGAAGGAAGGUCUGGUUGAGAAGUUGUUCACCUGGGCUCGUGAAGCAGAGCGACCGCUGUGCGUCUACGCCACGGGCCUGCUGGCCAGAGCCAUGAGCAACCAGGAAGUGGCGGCAAGCUACAGAGAGCAGAACGCUUCGCUGGUACCGAUCAUGAUUCAGCGCCUGCAUGAGCUGCAAACUGAGGAGGCUAAGAGUCACUGUAGAGCCACCAAGACGCCCCCGAAUCUGCCUCGGGACUCUCAGGUAGAAGCCAACCAAACCUCAAGCGUCUCGACAGACCGGCAAGACAAGACGGAGGGGGGAGAUGUGGGAGAGGAGGAAGAGAGGAAAGAGAGCGAGGGAGAGAGCAGCAGGCAGGUGUCAAAGGUCGCUUCCAAACCUUUGUCCCUGCUCGGGUCGGCCCUGAAAAAGGGUGGCCGUAGCAGCAGCAGCGGUGGAUCCAGCUCGAUCCGACUCCUUCCAGACUUUGUUUAUCAAGCGAGCCCGGACCCUGCCUCCAGGGAGACGGAGGACAGGCAGGCAGGAGGAAGAGGAGGAGGGAAGAGACAGGCAGUAAAGGAAAACGGGAGGAAGGCUAAGCAGAAACUCAACUUCACCUCCUCCUGCAGGACUGAGGAGGAGGAGGAGGAGGAGGAGCAAGAGGAGGAGAGAAACAACGCCAGCGACCAGCCGGCCAUCAGCACCUCCUGGUCUGAGGUGAGCUCGAUGGUGAUCGGCUCAGAAUACCGCCUUUCACCGCUGAGCGCGGCCAUGGAGCAGAGGCUCAUCCUGCAGUAUCUGACUCCGCUGGGAGAUUACCAGGAGUUGCUUGCUGUCUUCAUGCAGCUGGACACCCGGUCGUUGCUGAUGAACUACAUAGACCUCAGGCAGACCAAAAAUGUCCAGCUCACGUUUGACGCCCUCCUGUAUCUCGCCUCGCUGCUCCUCCACAAGAAGUUUGCAGCGGAGUUCAUCACGCACGGAGGAGUUCAGAAACUUCUGGAGAUCCCGAGGCCUUCCAUGGCGGCAACUGGGGUUUCACUCUGCUUGUACUACCUGGCGUACAAUCAAGACGCUAUGGAGAGGGUGUGCACACUCGCAGACGGCGUGCUGUCAGAUAUGGUGUCGUACGCUCUCUGGCUGUUGGAGUCGUCCCACGCUUCGGGCGUCUGCCACGCCACCAUGUUUUUCUCUAUUUCCUUCUCCUUCCGAGCGGUGCUGCAGCUCUUUGACCAACAGGACGGCCUGCGCAGGCUGGUCAAUUUGGUCAGUACUUUAGAGAUCCUCAACAUAGAGAACGAGGUGUCCGUAAUGAAUGACGACCAGGUCUUCUCCAGCCGACAGACAGCCAAACAUACCUGCAUGGCCCUGCGCAGGUACUUUGAGGCUCACUUGGCAGUAAAGGCUGAACAGGUCAAACAGUCGCUGCACUCCCCAGACGGAGGCACCGUUGUUCCCCAGCAGCCGUUUUACAAGGCAUACACGUACACCAGAGAGCAGGUUAUUGAGAUGAUGGAGUUUCUCAUUGAGUGUGGACCUCCUCAGCUCUACUGGGAACCAGUAGAGGUUUUCUACAAAUUGUCCUGUGUCCCUUUAAUGCUGCAGCUCAUAUCUGCAGCCUGUGACUGGAAGACUUACUAUGGCAGGAGCGACACAGUGCGUUAUGCCUUGGACAUCCUGGCCAUCCUCAUGGUGGUUCCUAAAGUCCAGUUGGUGCUGGCAGACACUGUUAUUGUUCUGGAUGAAACCAGGUCGCCCGUAUCCACUGUGGGUAUGAGCAUCAUUCUGGGUGUAGCAGAAGGAGAGGUGUUUGUCAAUGAUGCCGAGAUCCAGAAGUCUGCGCUACAAGUGAUCAAUAACUGUGUGUGCGCCCCAGACCAGAGCCUGAACACUGUGGGUGCUUUUGCUGUCACCCCCCAUAGGCCGUCCCUCCACCCCCAGCAGCCCCCAGCUCCCCACAACAGAGUGCUGGCCCACAUGUGGCAAGAAGUGCAGAACAACAACGGUAUAAAGGUGCUUCUGUCUCUGCUGUCGGUGAAGACGCCCAUCACAGACGCGGACCUGAUCCGUGCUCUGGCCUGCAAAGCUCUGGUCGGACUCUCUCGCAGCUCCGCUAUCAGACAAAUCAUCAGCAAACUGCCGCUCUUCACCAGCAGCCACAUUCAGCAACUGAUGAAGGAGCCGGUGCUGCAGGACAAACGGAGCGAGCACGUCCGUUUCUGCCGAUACGCCGCCGAGCUGACAGAGCGAGUGUCCGGCAAGCCUCUCCUCAUGGGUACCGACGUCUCAUUGGCUCGUCUGCAGAGGGCUAAUGUUGUUGCCCAGUCACGGAUCACCUUUUCUGAGAAGGAACUCCUCGUGCUGAUCAGAAACCAUCUUGUGGCUAAAGGGCUCAAUGAGACGGCGAGCACGCUCGUUAAAGAGGCAAAUUUACCCAUAGGGUCCUUCUGUCCGAACUCUUCCUCCUGUGCCACCCCUCCACCGUCCUCCUCAGGGAUUCCCAGAACUUGCCGGAUAGCUGGCGGGAUCGCAGCUCGCGUCGCCGGCCAUGUCGGAUCCUCCCCUGUGUCCUCAGUUCCCGUAGCGUCCUCCUGCACUCCCGCUUCCUCUCGUUCCCUCGUCAAUCCUCCCCCUUCAUGCACCACGCCUUCUACCUCUGCCAUUGCCCCGUCUCCCGCGGCUCCUCAUCCCACAUCUCAUGGGCAGGGCUCGCCACUGGUUGGACGGAUUUUAUUCACACGGGAACGCCCGGUGGCCCACUGCAGCUCGGGGAAAAAGCUCCGCGCACUGAAACAGAAGUCUGACCACGGUGCUUUCAUACAGACUCCGGCCAUGAAGAAGCAGCUGGAGCGCCACCUUCCUUCCCCCCCGAGCCUGGACAGCAUCAUCACCGAGUACCUGAGGGAACAACACGCCCGCUGCCCCAAUCCUGUCACCACCUGCCCCCCGUUUUCCCUUUUCACCCCCCACCGCUGUCCUGAGCCCAAGCAGAGACGACAGGCAUCGCCCAACUUCACUGCCCGCUUGGGGAGCAGGGUGCUGUACCCGAAAUAUGGAGGCGUGGACCGAGGGUGUCUGGAUAGACAUCUGAUAUUUAGCAGGUUUCGUCCGAUGUCAGUCUUCCACGAGGGCGACGGAGACGAGAGCGGUUUCACCUGUUGUGCCUUCUCAGCCCGCGAGCGUUUCCUCAUGCUGGGAACGUGCUCCGGUCACCUCAAAUUCUAUAACGUCUUCUCUGGAGAGGAAGAGGCCCACUACACCUGCCACACGUCGGCCAUCACGCACCUCGAACCCUCCAGGGAUGGGAAAUUGCUGCUCACCUCUGCUUCUUGGAGUGUCCCCUUAUCUGCUCUCUGGAGUAUGGAUGGUGUCUUUAGCAUGAAGAAGUCUUUUGAAGACGAUCACUACGUCGAGUUCAGUAAACACUCUCAGGACAGGGUCAUCGGCACCAAGGACCAAGUCGCACACAUCUACGACAUCCAGACGGGUCAGAAGACUCUGACCCUGAACGACGUCGCCCUGGCCAACAACUACAAGAGGAACUGUGCCACCUUCAACCCCAGCGACGACCUGGUGCUGAACGACGGGGUGCUGUGGGACGUGCGGGCAGCACGGGCCAUCCAUAAGUUCGACAAGUUCAACAUGAACAUCAGCGGGGUCUUCCAUCCAAACGGCCUGGAGGUCAUCGUCAACACGGAGAUUUGGGACAUGAGGACCUUCCACCUCCUGCACACUGUCCCUGCUCUGGACCAGUGCAGGGUGGUCUUCAACCGCAACGCCACCAUUAUGUAUGGAGCGAUGCUGCAAGCCGAUGAUGAGGACGAUGCUAUGGACCAGCAGAUGAAGAGUCCCUUCGGCUCGUCCUUCAGAACCUUUGAUGCUACUGACUACAAGCCCAUCGCCACAGUGGAUGUAAAGAGGAACAUCUUUGACCUGUGUACCGACACUAAAGACUGCUACCUGGCUGUCAUUGAGAACCAGGACACGGUGAGCUUGGACACGGUGUGUCGCCUGUACGAGGUGGGACGGCAGAAACUGGCAGAAGAGGGAGACGACGACGAUCAGGAUGAAGACCAAGACGACGAUGAUACGUCAGACUCUGAUGACGACGAAGACGACGACGACGACGAUAUGGACACAGACCCGCUCAUAGAGGAGCUCGCCAAUAACGACGACGCGGAAGACGGGGGCGGACCAACCUCUCCCACAGAUGAAGAGAUUGCAGAUCUUCUCGGCAGCAACAGCGACGAUGACAACAGCGAUGAUGAUGAUGAUGAUGAAUCGGAAGAGUCGGACCAUUCAUACAGAAGCGAUGACGGAUCUGACACCUUUGACCCUGAAAACUCAAAUUACUACCCAGAAGGCUCAGAUGAUGAAUCUCGGUUGAUUCAGGCCAUCAGCGAGAGAUGGUUCUCCUGACCUGGGAGAAGAUGCUCCUCUGCAGACAAUGUGAACCUCAACCAGGACUCUUUUUUUUUUUUUUCCUCUUCCCCCUCCUCUUUCUUUUAAAGCAUCAUUUCUCCUUUAAUCGGGAACGUUGACUGAAUACACCGGUAUGCACAUCGGUGUUCUGGAGGAUAACAGAAAAAUCUCUCUCUUCAUUCUAAACUUUAGAGAGACGAUAGUGAUAAAGUGACAAAUAAAUAUUUCCCAAAGAUCACAGGGCAUAGAUCACUUGACCUGGCUUCCUGCUUCAUUUCAAUAAGAGGGUAUUUGUGCAAGUUUUGAAAGUUUUUAAGAUGUUUCACUUGGCUCUCUGCAGAAUGGAAGACUGAAGGUUGCUCCCGUCACAUUUGGUCGCCUCACUAUUGAGCUGACAGUUUGUAGUUUUUUUGCCCAGAGGGGAAUCAUUCUGGUUUAAUCUGAAAUUCACAAAACUUAGAGCCAUGAAUUGGGAUGAAUGGUUAGACUCUGUGCUGGAGGUGAGAUCUUACACCUAUGUUAGUUUUAGCAAAUGUUAGCUAAAAGCCAAAUACUCCCUUAAAGGCAGAGCGAGGUGGAGCCACAGAAAAAGCACAUUUAGCUCUCCUCACUUUACAGAAAUAAAAACGUGCAUACCAACAUACGCACAGUUAACACUCUGAGAACGUGAAGUCAUAUAGAAUGUAACAACCAGACGUAAAAAGGUGAUUGUAAAUAAGAUUUACAUGGAUCUGAGGUUACCUGGGGGGGGAAAUAAAUACCUCUUUGUUUCCACAUACAGAAAUUAAAAUACCAACUUCUGUGUCUUGUAGGGUCUCAAAAUUUAUCAGUUUAUGAACCCUUAUGAUGAGUUCCUGUUCCCACCAAACCUCCGAAGCACAUUUCUCAGUCCAGUGCACUGGUGCAUGGGUCUCUGUGAGCCCCUUUUUCUAACACUGUAAAUAAUUUCUCCCCCAAAUUAAACCAACAAAAAAAAAUACAUUUUUACAAGGAUAACUUGGAUGAGGCAGUGUUUUAUGUGUGUUGGCUAAUGAGUUUCAUUUAAGUUAUUUUGACUUUUUUUGAUUUCAUUAAAUUUAUUUUAGCUUAUCUUUAGUAGGAGGAGUUGCGCUUUUACGUGUCGGGAGAAAAGGAAGGAGUCGUUUUGUUAUUGAUUUAAUGCUUCUAGCCUCUUUUCCCUUCAGGCAUCCCAUUGUUUGGUAAACUGGCAGCACUAAGCAGACGGAUGUGGAAGCAGGUCGAGUCUGUCAGAUGACUGAAAAUCCAUUAAAUUAUUAAUGUUCUUUUGGUAAAAAAAAAAAUCUUAUUCCUCCAGAGAUCUCAGUAAGUUCCUGUGUCAACAGUUUGUGGAAAGCAAGAACACACUCAGGUAUCAGUGUUAAAACCACUUUAAAUGUGGUGUUAACAUUUGUUACUGAUAUUUGCAGUAACUCAGUAAGAUGUGAAAACUUAAUUUCUUACAUUAUCAUUUUAUAUGUCAGUCUCUGUCUUAUUAAAACAUUACCUCUCUCUUGAAGGAAUAAACACAGUAAAAGGUGAAUCGGGUAUCAUUGUCCUUUAUAGAUGCACAAUUCUGUUCGAUUUUGAUAUGUGACCUUAACCAGCAGGUAUUUCAUUAUCAGCUGUUUCAAACAGUCCACCUUUGAUUGUUAGUGUGUCAUUAUUACGGGUUAACAACAACAACACAGCCAGUAUUUAGUUAUUGAGCAUUUGAGCCCACAAAAGGAUUUAAAUUCUCAAAGUUGGAAACUUUAAGACCAACUUAACGCUGUUUGAACUAUUGUGGAUUGUGUUCAUAGCUUUUUGGUGUGCUUUGCUUUUUUAUUUAAUUUUUGUCUCUAUUAAUGAUUGUUCUGGUGGUUAACCAGAACAAUCAUUACUGCUGUUAGAUGAAAACUUAACAAAAAAAAAGUGAGGGUUUAAGAAAUAAAACUUUGUUUUCAAAAUGA